ACUGCUUGAUCAGCUGUUUAACUAUUAGACUAUUCCUCCAAAACUUUAUUUAUUUAUUUAUAUAAUGCUAACUUAAAGUUAAAACUAGAAGCUAUUGCUACUAGAGUUCUAUAAAAGUUAAGCCGGAAUAAAUGAGUUAAAACAUGACCGGUCGUGCAAUUGCAGUAACGUGGCCGUGGAGGACCAUGUGGAGAAGACGACUCCCAGUGACGGUGCGGCAUGCCUCCACCACUGCCUCCAAAGGAGCUACAUCCGCUCCUGCAUCGGUGUCAUCCACUCGUACCGAUGAAACAAAAACGGAUCCAGCAGCGCGUGCCACAUUUCUGGAGAGGAUUGAGCGGGGACCGGGAUUCCAGGACUUCUUUACGGUCAAACCCGCUUCCAGACUGAAACUCAAUGAGGAAGAGCAUGUGGACACCAGUGUGCCCUACCUCAACUCCAUCGAUUUCAAUGGAAAUGACCGGAAAGUGCACUUUGAGGUCUAUGGCUGCCAGAUGAACACGAAUGACACAGAGGUGGUGUGGAGUAUUCUCCAGAAAAGUGGUUACUUGAGAUGCCAGGAGCCCGAGGAGGCGGAUGUCAUCAUGCUGGUCACCUGUGCGGUGCGCGAUGGAGCGGAGCAGAGGAUAUGGAACCGACUGAAGCACCUGCGGGCCAUGAAGAAUAAACGCAGCCCGCGGAAACAUCCGCUCCAGCUAACGCUGCUUGGAUGCAUGGCGGAGCGACUAAAGGAGAAGCUACUGGAGCAGGAGCAAUGUGUGGACGUGAUCGCCGGACCGGAUAGCUACAAGGAUUUGCCCCGACUCCUGGCCAUCUCCCGGCAUUAUGGCAACUCCGCCAUCAAUGUGCUCCUUUCGCUGGACGAGACCUAUGCGGAUGUGAUGCCGGUGAGGCUGAACUCAGAAUCGCCCACAGCUUUCGUGUCCAUUAUGCGGGGAUGUGACAAUAUGUGUACCUACUGCAUAGUACCCUUCACCCGUGGACGCGAGCGUUCCCGACCGCUGGAAUCAAUUGUGGCCGAAGUCAAGGCUUUGGAGGAGCAGGGCGUUAAGGAGGUUACCCUGCUGGGUCAGAAUGUCAACUCGUACAGGGACAGGAGUGCACAGGAGAGAGAAGAUUCCCUGAAUGCCACCCCGGUUCCUGGUUUCAGCACCGUUUACAAGCCCAAAACUGGUGGCACUCCCUUUGCAGAGUUACUCCGAGCCGUUGCUCAAGCUGUCCCCGAGAUGCGCAUCCGUUUUACCUCGCCGCACCCAAAAGAUUUCUCGGACGAAGUGCUAAAGGUCAUAAAAGAAUACCCAAAUGUGUGUAAGCAACUGCACUUGCCAGCGCAAUCGGGCAACACGCAAGUUCUGGAUAGGAUGCGACGUGGUUACAGCAGAGAAGCCUAUCUGGAACUUGUGCAGCACAUCAGGCAAAUCCUACCCAACGUGGGCCUAUCCAGUGACUUCAUCUGCGGCUUUUGCGGAGAAACGGAGGAGGAGUUCGAGGACACCGUAUCCCUAAUUGAGCAAGUGCAGUACAAUGUGGCCUACUUGUUCGCCUACAGCAUGCGGGAAAAGACCACAGCCCAUCGUCGCUACAAGGACGAUGUGCCAUUAAGUGUGAAGAACGCGCGACUGCAGCGGAUGGUGCAGGCUUUUCGAGAGGGAGCUACCCGGUUACAUCGCAAAAUGGAGGGCCAGGAGCAACUGAUCCUCAUAGAAGGCAAGAGCAAGCGCUCGGAUGCCCACUGGUUUGGUCGCAAUGAUGCCAAUAUCAAGGUGAUCGUUCCUGCCAUGGAUUUGCCCAUUACUGGAGAUUUCAGAACUAGCCGAUCCUUUGGAGUAGGUGACUUUGUGACGGUACGCAUUGAGGAAUCGAAUUCCCAGGUGCUCAAGGGCACUCCCCUCGAAUUGAGCAGUAUAACUGACUUCCAUAGGCGACAAUUUAUACAAUAAAACGAACUUUAAUCGUA